AUGGAUCAAACCGAACGAAAUUUCGAAGUUCAUAUAAUUGAUGCUACACUUCUUGUUAAACGUUCAAAAAUUUCACCUGGUAUGUUGUUAGCACGUGCCAAAGCUCUUGCGAAAACCACAGCAAAAUACCCCCUCACACGUGUCGAAGUGAAACCUAUAUCUAUACACAGUGGUAUAUACGGUGAAACGCUCGACAAUGUGAUAUUAGGCCAAAUACCGAAACGUUUAAUUAUCGGUUUUGUCGAUAAUAGAGCAUUUAACGGUAAUCGUAUGCUGAAUCCUUUUAAUUUUCAUCAUUACAAAAUUAAUUUUUUAUCUCUGUACGUGGAUGAUACACAAAUACCUAGCAAAUCGUUACAACCCGAUUUUACAAAGGAGAAAUUAUAUAUGAAGGCCUAUCACACUCUUUUUUCUGGAACAGGAAUUCAUUUUUUAAACGAGGGCAAUGCUAUUUCUCGUAAGAAUUAUCCAAACGGUUAUUGUCUUUUUGCAUUUGAUCUUACACCGGACCUUUCAGCAAAUGAUACUACGCAUUGGAAUUUAAUGAAGCAUGGUAAUGUUAGAAUCGAAGUUCGUUUCGAAGAAGCAUUAGAAAAUACGAUAAAUUGUAUUAUUUAUGCCGAAUAUGACAAUAUUAUGGAGAUUGAUGCAUCAAGAUAG